AUGGCCUUGUUCGGUAGCACCACCCCCAAAACUCCAGCACCACCCGCAUCUGCCUCAUCGGUCAAACUGCAGAUCCAAGAACAAAUCGCUCAAGAACUUGCAGUUGCAAAUGCCACCGAAUUGGUGAACAACAUCACCCAAAACUGUUUUGACAAAUGCAUCGGUCAACCAGGAGCUUCUUUGAGCAACAACGACGAAGGUUGUUUGACCCAAUGCAUGGAAAAAUACAUGAGAUCGUGGAACGUGAUUUCGAAAACUUACAUAGCACGCAUCCAAGCUAACAAAUAG